GCAGCAGAGAAAGAAAAAAAGGUUUCCAUAAAGGUUUGUCCACAGCAAAGGUAAACGUAUCGCAUUUGACGGGCGGUUUCCUCCGGUAAAAGACGCCCGAGCUGACAGUGAAAGGAGCCAUUCACACGUCUAUCGCAUUGCUGUUAUUAUCACUGUACCUCCGUCACAGUCCAUGUUUGUCCCUAAGAGCCGUACCGCGGUGACGGCAGUGAGCUGGGCUGCCAGCUUGUCUCUGCGCGAUGCAUACCGGGCCCAUGCCACCCACACGCCGUUCACCGGCGUGAGGACACACAUAGCGGCACUCAAGCCGCGGACGAGUGCAUCUGGGGCACUACGCACGCAGCGGUGUGCCCCGCAGCUGAGUACCGCAACGUCAACGGCCGGGGUUUACGCUGUCUCGCCCUUUUUACCUUCCUCCUCGCCGGAGCGGCGUUGCUACACCACAUCGGCCACCACCACCGCCGGUUCUUCCGAAGCAGACAGCGCACCACCACAACCGACCAACAACGGUGAAGAGGAAGCGCAAGCCAAGGCGCAAAACGCGUCCGCCACGCAGGACGUGCCGGCCGCCGUGCAGCAGCGAAUCAGCUCCCACAAACACGAUCUGCUGCGGCUCUUUCACUACGCCGCAGAGGAGACAGCAGCGACGGUUCCGGCGGUGCGGCUGGAGGCUGCCUUUCGCCAGCAGCUUGAUUUCCCAGAGCUGGCGAAGCGACAGACCCCGCCGGGUAGCCGCGUCCGGCCGGUUAUCCCGCAGUCGUGGAUGGCUGCCGUUUGGGAUACACUGGCGCCGCACUGCUACUUCACCUCGAUUGGCACCACCACCGCAACCGCCCUUCCCAGCAGUGACAGCGGCAGUGCGAAGGACAAGAGUAGCACUUCCUCUGCCGCAGCCAACACAGACGGCGUGCGCGCAGCUCAUGUGUGCGUCUUCAACUGGGCAGCCGCUAUGGCGCAGCUGGCCGUCUGGCUCCCUUACGAAGGCUGGUCCGAGCAACAGGUCUACACCCAUCUCCGUCUGCAUCACAAAGUUGUGGAGACGCAUUCUCCGCUGUGGCUGCCGCGAUACACCGGGGCGGACAGCCUCGCCAAAUUCAUCCACGACCGCUACAGCAGCCUGAUCGUCGUGACGCGGUCUGCUGUGACGGGGGAGCCGAUUUUCCACCGCGUCGGCCGCAACAGCGUGUCCGUGACGUGGGUGCCGGAGAGGGUUCCACAAGCAUCGUCUUCUUCACCUUCGUUGAGCGCUGCUCGGCGAGGGAGUCUGGCGUGCGCUAAUGUUCAACACGCCCUGCACACCCUCGGCAGGGGCCACCAGCUGCCGGUGUGGACGGAUGCAGCGGAGAUCGCUCCUCUCCUCUCCGUACGGUCUGGUCUUGCGUCCGCGAGCCCUGCUGCGUGGAAGACGGCGUGGCUGGAGGACGCGGAGCUGCGUGGAUCUUUUCACCUCGACAGCUACGUGCGUCUGCGCGCCGCGCCUUCAUCGUCGCGGUUGCUUAUUAUUGUCGACACCACGACAUUCAUGGCGGACGCUUCUGUGUCAUCUUCUUCGCUGCUGCAAACCUUCGGCGAGGCGCUGCGAGGUUGUGCGAAUCCUAGGUGUGGCACAGCGACGUCCGUGCGGCUGUUGACGCGCAGUGCGUCACCGGAGGCGGCGAUGGAACCACUGCGGGCGAUCCUGACGGAUGUGCUUGGUGCCGCGGCGGUGAUCGAGGAUGUGGUGGUGGAUGCGUUGUUGGAGCCGCAGCACGUGCUGGGUGCGUUGCUGGACGCACAGGCGGCGGCGGACAGCACGCGUAGGAAUAAUACUACCGGUAGUGGUAAGGGAGUCGGUGCGGUGGAAGGGGAGGCAGGGAACCCGCCGACGUGGGAGACGCAGGUUUUGGUCUUCUGCGGAGACGCGUCUCGUGCUGCGUUUGAGGAGACGCUGAAGGAUGUGAAACCGGCCGGGAUGGCGGUGACGCUGCACACCCUCACGUCCGACUGA